AUGAUGCUUCGGAGCAGGAACAACAAUAGUGUGAACAUCAUCAAUAACCAGAAACCAGCGGAUGUGAAACGCGGAAAGAAGCAGUCGAUCGUUACCGGUGAAGACCCUCUCGAGCCGAAAGCUAAACGACCUGCGUUCGCUGACCUCAGCCGAGCCAUUUCCAAUGUGGUUAUCGAUUCGACGAAGAAGUUAACCAAAGAUGGUCGUCGUAAUUGUCGCCGCUCCAAAACUCACUCAGAGAACUCGUUGCCUCCGAUCAAUGAAAGCAGGGACAGCGAAGAACUGAAGCCUAUUGUUGAACCAGAUCCAUGUCCGGCCUAUGACUAUGAUGCUGAAAGUGGCCCAGAUAUCGCAAACGUCUCCGAGUUUGCUUUCGAUAUCUUCAGAUACUACAAGUCUCGCGAGAAACAAUUCCAUGUUCCUGACUAUAUGUCGCAACAUCCUAAUCUCAGCAAACAGACUCGAGCAGUUCUCGCUGAUUGGAUGGUCGAAAUACAAGAAACGUUCGAACUCAAUCAUGAGACACUCUAUAUGUCAGUAAAAAUGGUUGAUAUGUAUCUUUCAAAGACCAAAGGAGUAGUAAAAGAUGACCUGCAGUUACUGGCAAGUGCUGCUAUCUUUAUAGCGUGCAAAUUUGAGGAGCGCAGCCCACCUCUUAUCGACGAUUUUAUGUACGUCUGUGAAGAGGUGUUCAAUCGUGAGCAAAUGAUUCGAAUGGAAAUGAAAGUUCUUGACACCUUAAACUAUGACAUCGGAUUCCCUCUCAGUUAUCGAUACGUUAGACGUUACGCACGGGUGACGAAGACUGAUAUGCCAAAACUCACACUAGCGCGAUAUAUUUUGGAAACGUCGCUGAUGUUCUACGAGUUCGUUGGAGUGUCAGAAUCCUUGAUGGCAGCCGCCGCUAUUCUACUUGCUUUCAAAAUGCAUGAUAAGGACGCUACAUGGAGUCCUAUCUUGCAAAAAUACUCGGGUUACAAGGCGGAAGAUGUUGAACCGUUAAUGUGGGAGUUGAACCAUAUGUUACACAAGCGUCGUGUUAUGUACGAUCGCCUGGAAACUGUGUUCUCAAAGUAUAGUCAUGAAGUGUUCUUCUCAGUAGCAGCGGUUCCUCUCGUGCCAGACGUUUAUACAAUGGACAGACCUGUUCAGGCUCCGCCAUCAUCAUAA